AUGGUUUGCGAAGUCAGCAAACAUGUCCUGAUAACAGGCCAUGUACUUUCUGGAAGGCUAUUCUUAGCAUCACCGGUACUAAUCACCACGCAGCCAAACCACCAGCUGACCAAUACCAGCUGGCCAAUACCAGCUGACCAAGACAAGCUGACCAAGACCGCUUCAAGCUUUUGCUCAUUCGGCUCGCGCAGACUCGCCGCCCAACACAUCCGCCACAAAGUCCACGGCGGUGCGCACAACGUCGUCCUGCGCGCCUGGCGCCGAAGUCUCGCCCGCGUUGUGCAGCGCGCCCGGCACCACCUUGGAGCGCGCGCUCCAAAACUCGGGCGGCGUGGCCUUCUGCCACAGGCGCACCAAGUCGGCGCGGUCCACAUGCGGAGGCACAAACUCGUCGGCGCCGCCUUCAAGCACCAAGAGCGGCACGCGCACCCGGCCAAACGUCUGCGCAUGGUCCUCUGCCGUCAAGUACAGCGAGAAGUAGUCGUCGGCGCCGCGGCGGUCGGCCAACGCCACAAACCGCGCCGCCAGAAUGGGCGCGCCAAACACGACGUCCAGCGCGCGCGCCGGAAGAAGCUCGUCGGGCCGCCCGUUUUCAAGGUGGCUUUUGGCGAGCGCCAACAACUCGUCCACCUGGUCGCUGGCAAAAUGGCGGAACGCCUCGCUGUCGCUGACGGGCGCCUGCAAAAUGGCGCCGUCGAGCGCCUCGACCGCGUCAAAGUCUGCGCGCUGGCUGUACUUGCUCAAGUACUCCAUGGUGUCCUGGCAUCCGGUGGAGUGGCCCAUGAGAAUCACGCGCGAGCGGCUGGUGCCGCGGUGUGUGCGCAAAAACCGCACCAACUGCGCCAACUCGGCGGCGUCACGCGCCAAGCUGCCGGUGCCGAAGCCGAGGUAGCUCGAGGAAAUGAGGGCCUGAACCACCGCGCAGUGUGGGAGGCGCGCCGCCACCUGCUGCGCAAGCGCGGGAACGUAGGGCACCGUCAAAAAACCGUCGCCCAAGCCGCCCACAAACACGAGAAAGUGCUCGGGCGCACUUUGGCUGCUAAACUCGAUAGCAGUAAGCAGGUCGGUGUACUUGUGGAUAAGAACGGGGUAAGACAUGGGAGAGGAAGAGAAAAUGGGACGAGGAAGAGAAAAUGGGACGAGGAAAAGAAAAUUGGGAAGAGGAAGAGGGAAGUAGGAAUAGGAGAGGAAGCAGAAGCAGGAGGAAUUAGAAGGAGUCGAUCACGGAAUAUGGACGGAAGGUUAACUGGAUGA